AUGGCAAUGCAGCCCCAUCUGGAGUCUUUGGAGGGAAUGUGGGACACCCACAUUCAUUGUUUCGAUUCAAAUUUGUUCCCAUUUAAAUCUACACGCACAUACACACCCGCUCCAGCGCCCCUGGAAUUAUUGGUCAAGCAAAGCCAAUCAUCUCGACUUGUUCUAGUUCAAGCUUCUGUUGAGGAUGGACCUACCGGAUUACUGGCCCAUCUUGCUCGCAUUCGAUCCGAGUACCCCAACUUACUCGCCCGGGGUAUCCUGUGUCUGGAUGACAAUUGGAGCCAAUAUAGCCAGGAGGAUUUCAUCGCCUUUCACGAUCUAGGUGUGCGGUAUUGUCGCAUCCAUGGGUUCUUUGGUAAUGGCAAAGCCGAUACUGCUAGUCUGAAGGAACGCAUUCGCCUAUUCGCCAAGACAUAUGCCGCCAAACAAUUGGGCUGGGGACUUUCAGCACAACUACCUCUGGCGAUCUGGGCUACCUUGAAAGAUUUUCUCCUUCAUGACCCAGAAGUGUCUAGUCUGUCGAUCAUUGCCGACCAUGUUGGCUGCGCGACACCUGCUGAUAUUGGAAGCUCCAAUCUCGAUCAAUUUGUGCAGUUGCUCCGUGCUGGCAGACUCCAUGUGAAAAUAUCUGCUCUAUAUCGUAGGGCUGAAGAGAAUAUUUCUGCUAUGAAACCGAUCAUUGAACGCUUUGCAAACAGCGCACCCUCGGCUCUGAUAUGGGGCAGUGAUUGGCCUCAUGUGGAUUCCAGUGGCACCACUCUAGAUCCCAAGAGCCGAAUGAUCCCCAAAGUGGCAGAUCCUAUCACAGAGCUUGCACUUCUGCAAAAUUGGUUAACAGCUGAUCAAUUCCGAACAAUGCUGGUUGAAACUCCCGGGCGCCUGUUUGGACCUUAG